GUGUGUGUACCGUCAGCAAUGUUUUGAUGGAUCGUUCCGUUUCCAGCGGCUGUUGGGUUUGUGUGCGUAGUAUCAAGUUCCUUCAAUUAAUAUUACGUAUCAACUCUCAUUUUCGGUCGAAUUAAUCUUGCAAACAUCACUCGUUUGUGCCAACAUUCGAACGCAGCAACACGGCUCCAUCCUUAUCGUCCCUGUCAACAAGACCAGCAGCAAACAGGUGGCGCAGGUUUGACCUUUUUACAGAUAAAAAACAUGUCUGUGGUACGUAAUUUGGGAAAUGCCUUGGUUAAGAGAAUGAUGAUCGCACGGCCAUCUCGGUUGGCGUGCCAAGUGCAGCACCUUUCAUCGGACACUGCGACGUUGCAACAAGGCGCUGGAAAUAGUUCGUUGCACGCAAAAUUCCCUGGCGCUACGGAAGCAUCGUUCGUGACGAUUCCUAAAUUGGCAUUGCCGGAAAGCAUCGACCCCAUCCCUAUCUAUCGCGUGAUGAACAGUGAGGGCACGAUCGACGAUCCAUCGCAAGAACCUAACCUUGAGCAGGCAACUGUGCAAAAGAUGUUCCGCGACAUGGUGCUACUAAACACCAUGGACAAGAUUUUGUACGAAUCCCAGCGCCAAGGGCGGAUAUCAUUCUACAUGACCAACUUUGGUGAAGAGGCAAGUCACAUAGGAAGCGCAGCUGCUCUUAGUCCCGAAGAUUGGGUGUACGGACAGUACCGAGAGGCAGGAGUGUUGGUUUGGCGCGGAUUUACCAUUUCGGAUUUCAUCAACCAAUGCUAUGGAAACGCCGAGGAUCUUGGCAAGGGUCGUCAAAUGCCGGUCCACUACGGUUCACGGAAACUUAACUUUGUCACCAUUUCCUCUCCGUUGGCCACUCAAAUUCCACAGGCGGCUGGAGCGGCCUACGCGUUCAAACUACAGCCAAACAACCAGCGGUGUGUUAUAACGUAUUUCGGUGAAGGAGCUGCAUCUGAGGGCGAUACUCAUGCGGCUUUCAACUUCGCGGCUACUCUCGACAGCCCGGUAAUCUUUUUCUGCCGUAAUAAUGGAUUUGCCAUUUCUACGCCGUCUAAGGAGCAGUAUCGUGGCGAUGGUAUUGCUGGACGUGCCGCCGGUUACGGUAUGGCCGCAUUGCGAUUCGAUGGAACUGACGUGUUUGCAACGUAUAAUGCUACCAAGCUCGCUCGAGAGUAUGUCCUGCGAGAGAACAAACCGAUAGUGCUAGAAGCGAUGGCAUAUCGUAUCAGUCAUCAUUCUACUUCGGAUGACAGCACGGCCUAUCGACCAGCCGAUGAGUUGGAAAUUUGGAACACAGUCGAGCAUCCCAUCACCAAGCUUAAGCACUAUAUGAUUCGACGUGGCUGGUUUAACGAGGAGAAAGAGAAUGAGUUUGUAAAAUCAGUUCGCAAGCAGGUGCUGUCUCAGAUAAGCCAAUCGGAACGCAUUCCCAAACCAGACUGGCGUGAAAUGUUCCAGGAUGUGUACGAGGAGAUGCCGGCACAUCUCAAGGAACAAUUGCGUACGAUGGAGGAACACAUAGAACAGCAUCGUGAGCACUAUCCACUCAAGGAUUUCAAACAGUAGGCGAGCAAAAGGAUGUUGGGCGCAAUUCAGAACCUCGUUCACGAAAGUGCAUUUAUUAGCUUAGUAAAACCAAGCAACAGUAAUACUGUUAACAAUUUCGGACAGAAAAGACAUACAGUACGAUAUGUUUACUGGCUUUUCGCGGUAUCGUGCGUACCUUGUGCCUAAUGGUUUUCUGCUUUAAGCAAACAUAUACAUCAAAUUACUUCCAAUUAAGAAA